UCUAUGGUGAGCAGUCUGUAGACGGUAGCCAUCACACUCAAUGUCGUGGCCAGUGUUGUCAUUCUCGGUGGUGGCGAUGGCGGCGGCAGCGGCAGCGGCGCUCGUAGCAGCGAGCGGAGCAGCGCCGGCGCCCAUAGGGAAACACGGCUGCGAAACGAGGUGCGGUGACGUGAGCGUGCCAUACCCGUUCGGCUUGGGACCGGACAGGUGCUCCGCAGCGGCAGGCUUCAAGCUCACCUGCGUCCACGGCAACACUACCGGUACCAGACCCGGAGCAGCCAGCCGGCCCCGGCUGUUCCUCAGCGACUACAGGGGCUUCGAGAUCAUGGAUAUCUCAGUGGAAAACCGGACGGUUAGCGGGGUCAGCCCCACUAUCUUCAGCAACGCCGCCAUCAACAGCACUAUCAGGAGGUCUAUGGGCUUCGGUGACAACCGCUGGAAGAACACCAGGCCACCGAGCACCUCCUAUCUGGUGGCCACGGGGUGCAACGUGCAGGUCACGCUGCUCUUCACUACUCCUGCCGGCACCCACAGCUACACCUCCGGCUGCACCUCAUACUGUAGCGGCAGUGCUGUGAUCACCGACAACGACGUCCGGAACUACGGCGUUGGCUUCUGCACUACCCCGGUCGUCUCAUACCUCGCGUCCUAUACCGUGGAGCUCAAGCGGCUCGCCGGGAACAGCACCAUUAACAACGAUCUCCCGGUGUACGUGUUCAUCGCCGAGGAAGGUUGGUUUGGUCCGGACCGGGCCGUAGAUCUUAUGAAUCUGGGCGCACGUCGUUCCAGACUCAAGGCCAAGGAUGAACAUCUGUUGGUACCCUUGACCCUCGACUGGGUAUGCAUCCAUGGAUCCUGCAACGCCUCCGUCAACGCCAACUGCACCACACUCGACAACGUGUGCCAAUGCAAUCCUGGCUAUAAGGGUAACCCUUACCUAACGGAUGGAUGCCAAGAUAUCGAUGAGUGCAUGCAGCCAAUGGACCAUGGCUGUUUCGGUUUAAUCAUUGGUCUCUCCGUUGCUACUGGCGCAUCCUCCAUUCUUUUCUUUCUGGGUGGAUUGUUAAUAAUUCGCAAGAUUAAGCAUCACAAGGCUGAAAAGUUGAAACAGAAGUUUUUCAAUCAAAAUCAUGGACAGCUAUUGCAACAACUAGUAUCUCAAAGGUCUGACAUUGGCGGAAGGAUGAUCAUCCCUUUAAAGGAAAUAGAGAAGGCCACAAACAAUUUUGAUCAAACGCGUAAACUUGGUGGCGGAGGGCAUGGUACAGUCUACAAAGGAAUAUUGUCAGACUUACAUGUUGUGGCCAUCAAAAGGUCAAAUAUUGUGGUCCAGAGAGAAAUUGAUGAGUUCAUAAAUGAGGUUGCCAUACUAUCACAAAUCAACCAUAAGAAUAUUGUUAAGCUUCAUGGUUGUUGUCUCGAGACAGAAGUCCCACUAUUGGCCUACGAAUUCAUUUCCAAUGGAACCCUUGGUGAUCAUCUUCAUAAUGAAUCACCAAAAUCAAUAUCUUGGAGUGGCAGGCUAAGGAUCGGAAGUGAAGUAGGAAGAGCAAUUGCUUACCUUCAUUCUGCUGUUUUAGUUCCUAUAAUACAUAGGGAUAUCAAAUCUUCUAACAUACUUCUUGAUGAUGCUUUCACGGCAAAAGUAUCAGACUUUGGUGCUUCGAGGUACAUUCCAAUCGAUCAGACAGGUAGAACAGAAACAGCAGUGCAAGGAACUAUAGGAUAUCUUGAUCCUAUGUACUACUACACGGGACGGCUGUCAGAAAAGAGCGAUGUUUAUAGCUUUGGAAUCCUUCUUGUGGAGUUGCUUACGAGGAAGAUGCCAACCAUGUAUAGAACCUCAGCAGGUGAUGGACUUGUGGCACAAUUUGUUGAAAUCCUGGAAGAAGGCAAACUAGUUGACAUACUGGAUUCCCAAGUUGUAGAGGAGGGAGGUAGCGAAGUUGAAGAAGUAGCUGCUCUAGCGGCAUCAUGUAUAAAAUUAAGAGGAGAGGAUAGGCCAACCAUGAGGCAAGUGGAGAUGGCACUCGAAGGCAUUCAGGCAAACAAGCAGCUUGUCCUAACUGAUUUGGGAGCAGAGCGAAAUGAGGAGAACUACUUAACCAGAACCAGUUUGAGCUUGGAGGAAGUGAGCUGAUGAUAUAACCAAGAAGAGUCAUUCUCAGUACUAUCUAGGCGGUGUCCCUUUAAGUUUUUUUUUUUGAUGUUUGAGCAAGUUGAUCCUAGGUGUUGUUAGAUUAUUAAUCUGUAGCAUUUAUUUUGUGUCGGAUGCAUGUAUUCUGUAAUUUGUGUGUCACUGGGAGACCUGGAUGUUGGCGGGUCUCCCGCACCUGGUAAAUUUUCUACGAGUGAGAACAUUGUUGAAAUAUUUUUUCUACGCCAUUAAUUAAAGA